GGCAGCUCUCGCGGCCUUCACUGGAGGGCAGGGAAUAAUUUUGCUUGGGUCUCUGCUUGGCUGCAGUGGUCAGACCCUGUGUGUUUGCUAUGCUCUCUUGGUGAUCUGCUGCCCAUAUAUGUCUUGCUCUUUCAUAUUUUGGGAAAGUUCCUUCAUUUGCUUAGCAAUAGCUCCCAGCCCUUUGGGAGCCCCAGAGAGGUGAAAACUGGUUGUAAACUGUCCUCAUUCUAGACGCUGCAAAAUAAACUGCGGUAUUUGGGGACCAUGGCUACAGACCCACUCUCGGAGCUUCAGGAUGACCUGAACUUGGAUGAUACCAACCAGUCCCUCAGCCAGCUCAAACUGGCCUCCAUAGAUGAUAAGAGCUGGCCAGCAGAUGAAGCCCCUGCUUUUCCCAAAUCAGAGGACUCCAAAGGCUCCCCUGAGCCCAUCACUCACCUGCGGUGGGAUGAUCCCUACUAUGAUAUCGCCAGGCACCACAUUGUGGAAGUAGCAGGUGAUGACAAAUACGGAAGGAAAGUAAUUUUGUUCAGUGCCUGCCGGAUGCCCCCAAGUCAUCAACUUGAUCACAUGAAACUGCUGGGGUACCUGAAAUUCACGCUGGACCAGUAUGUGGAGAGUGAUUACACACUGGUGUACCUGCACCAUGGCCUGACCAGUGAGAACAAGCCAUCCCUGAGCUGGCUGCGGGAUGCCUACAGGGAAUUUGAUCGCAAGUACAAGAAGAACAUCAAAGCCUUGUAUAUUGUGCACCCAACCAUGUUCAUCAAGACCCUGCUGAUUCUCUUCAAGCCUCUGAUCAGCUUUAAGUUUGGACGAAAGAUUUUUUAUGUGAACUUCCUUAGUGAGCUGGAAGAGUAUGUGAAGCUGGAACAGUUGGGGAUCCCAAGCCAAGUGCUGAAAUAUGAUGAAUAUCUGAGAUCCCUGCAGAAACCUUCACAAGUGCCCCAGAAGCCAACACCCCCACGCCCACCACUGCCAAACCAGCAGUUUGGAGUCUCGCUCCAGCAUCUCAGGGAGAAGAGCCCUGAUCAGUCUCCUGUUCCUCUGGUGGUCAGAGACACCAUUGCUCAUUUGCAGGAGCAUGCUCUUGCUACAGAGGGUAUUUUCCGGAGAUCAGCAAAUACACAGGUUGUCAGGGAGGUCCAGCAAAAAUACAACAUGGGUGUGCCUGUAGAUUUCCAGCAGUAUGAAGAUGUCCACCUCCCUGCUGUGAUUCUCAAGACCUUCUUAAGGGAGCUACCUGAGCCCCUCCUCACUUUUGACCUCUACAGCCAUGUUGUCAGCUUCCAGAGUGUGGAGGAGGAGAAUCGUGUGGAUGUUGUUCGCAAAACACUCCAGACUCUGCCAGAAGAAAACUACCAAGUGCUCCAUUUACUGACAGCCUUUCUGGUGCAGGUCUCUGCUCACAGUGACAGGAACAAGAUGACAAACACCAACCUGGCAGUUGUGUUUGGCCCAAAUCUGCUGUGGGCCAAAGAUGUAGCCAUCACCCUAAAAGCCAUCAACCCCAUCAAUACCUUUACCAAGUUCCUGCUGGACCACCAGAAGGAGCUCUUUGAGGAUGUGGAGGCCUGAAUCCAGGCCAGUCCACACCAGCACACUGUGCCCACCUUCCCACCUUUUUUCCCACCUUGUCUUGGAGCUGUGACCAAGCUGUCUCCAGUGCAAAGGGACCAUUGAUCCUCUGGGUGAUGAGCAGAGCGAGGGCUGUGGAGAUGGUGGAGAAAGUGUGUAAGUAAGUGAGCAGGAGACCUGCUGCUCCAGAUGGGGGGGAGCUGGUCUCCCAGCUGCUGAGAGUGGAGUCCUAACCCACCUGCCAGUCUGUGCAGCUCCUCCAGGGCUCAUCACCAGUCUGCUGCCCUAUCAGAUGCCCUGCCUUCCUUUCCUCCUUCCCUCACAUGCAGUUUUUCUGCCCUCCUGGUCCCUUCCUCAGCAAAGAUCUUUUUUGUUUAAGCUCCCAAUAGCCCCAGCUCACCCCCCUUGCCUCAGCUGGCUUGUCUGGGCUAGGGCAGGCUUGGCUGGGUUUUGUGGCAGAGGUGUUCUUGCUGCGAGUGCCAUCUCUCAGCACUGAACGUGCAUCCUGCCUUUCCCCAGAGGCACCUAAAGCAGAGAAGGGAGCCAGGCAGCCCUUGUGCUUCAGGUAGCAGCAUGUCCUGCACUUGCAAACACCACUCUAGACCCCAUGCUUUUGGCAGGUAAGUGAAGGACAGGCUCACAGCACGUGGGCUGUAUUACCUGUCAGACUCCAAUACAAGGAAGCUGAAUUUAGCCCAAACCCCUCUGGGGUCAC